AUGAAGGUAUUAGUGGCCUUAAUGUUAACCACCCACGUCAAGACCCUGCCACCACCCAACGGCAUCCCACCAACCAUUGUAUGCGGCGCAUACCAUUUGUUCUCCAACUACUGCACGAAUUCUGAAUCAUAUGACAAGGCUGAAUUCAUUGAUAAGAUGAAUGCAUGCCCAUUUGAAUACCGAGCCGUAUAUACCACCGAAGGCGAGAGUACCACUCUCACCUUUCCUGUCAUCGAUGGAAAGGAAUUCAAGCUGUCUAAUAUAUGGGAUAUCGACUACGUAAUACUACCCGCCGACCCCACCCCCGACAAUACUAACUACUUCAACAUGAUCUUUUCAUUCCGUCCUGGCAGAGGUACGGGACUGCCUAUUCUUCUGCGAGGGUCAGGCCAACGCACAUACGCUAACCAACCCAUAUACGAAAACAGCUGUUUCUACUUCGAGUAUUUAGGUAACGCAGGUGUCAGGCCCUGA